AUGCAGUGCUCUGGUAUGAGGGUGACGCAGGUGCCGAGGUUGCUGAAGAACAGCCUGCAGAUGUUGCUCCUGACGGGUACAGCCAUCUCGUCUCUGGACAACUCCACCUUCCGUGGCCUUGAGUUUCCGCAGCUGACGACGCUGUAUGUAGCUCAGGGUAAUCUAUCCAGCGUCGCAGCCCACGCCUUCUGCACCCUGCCGGUGCUGACAAAGCUCUACUUGUCCAGCAACCGGUUGGAUAAGCUAGACGACUUGAGUUUCACCUGUAACAAAUUUUUAAAAACCGUAAACUUGGAGGAUAACCCCAGCCUCCGUCACCUGCCACGACUGGUCAGCUCUUCCGUGGAACGUCUGUACCUGGACAACUGCAACCUUGCCACCAUGGACAUUACUACCGUGGAGGGGAUGACAGCCCUGAAGGUUCUCUCUCUGGCGGGUAAUCGAGAUCUCCACUGCCAGUCCAUAAAGACGCAGUUCAAGCAGGCUCGGCCAGAACUGCUGGUCAUCUGCGAAUAUUCUGCUGGAGAUCUCCCUUCUUCCACAUUACCUGGUGAAGAGGAAUGGACUUCCGAAAAACCUUGCACUGAGUCAUAUAUACCAGCAAUAGCGUCUACUGACCCUCACAUUGUAGUUACUGACAAUGGGAAAUUGACCCUACUGCUGGUCUUAGUGUUACUGAGUGCUUCGGGCUGCACAACAACGAAUUCGUUGUGCGAGCCGUAUCCUUCACUGGAAUUUAAGGAUGAGGGAAUGCAGUGCUCUGGUAUGAGGGUGACGCAGGUGCCGAGGUUGCUGAAGAACAGCCUGCAGAUGUUGCUCCUGACGGGUACAGCCAUCUCGUCUCUGGACAACUCCACCUUCCGUGGCCUUGAGUUUCCGCAGCUGACGACGCUGUAUGUAGCUCAGGGUAAUCUAUCCAGCGUCGCAGCCCACGCCUUCUGCACCCUGCCGGUGCUGACAAAGCUCUACUUGUCCAGCAACCGGUUGGAUAAGCUAGACGACUUGAGUUUCACCUGUAACAAAUUUUUAAAAACCGUAAACUUGGAGGAUAACCCCAGCCUCCGUCACCUGCCACGACUGGUCAGCUCUUCCGUGGAACGUCUGUACCUGGACAACUGCAACCUUGCCACCAUGGACAUUACUACCGUGGAGGGGAUGACAGCCCUGAAGGUUCUCUCUCUGGCGGGUAAUCGAGAUCUCCACUGCCAGUCCAUAAAGACGCAGUUCAAGCAGGCUCGGCCAGAACUGCUGGUCAUCUGCGAAUAUUCUGCUGGAGAUCUCCCUUCUUCCACAUUACCUGGUGAAGAGGAAUGGACUUCCGAAAAACCUUGCACUGAGUCAUAUAUACCAGCAAUAGCGUCUACUGACCCUCACAUUGUAGUUACUCAGGACAGCCGCGUCACCAUCUCGCUGUCACCGGAGUCGGCGUUGAUCGGCCUGAAUACAACAACAGUGAGGGGAAUCCCCUACUACAGCUUCCGUGGGAUUCCUUACGCAGUUCCCCCCGUGGGGCAGCUACGAUACAAGGACCCGGUGCCGUACACGUGGAACGGCAGCGUGGAGGCGGUAGCUGACGCGCCGAAGUGUUCGCAGGCGAGCGGUGGUCAAGAGGACUGCCUCUACCUCAACGUCUACUCGCGGCAGAUUCCUCAGCUUGAUGGAUCCACUGGAGGCGCUGCCGUGAUGGUGUACAUCCAUGGAGGCUCGCUGACAAGUGGCUCUGGUGCGUCCAGCUCGUUUGGUCCGGACUUCUUCCUGGAGGUUGAUGACAUCGUAUUCGUCACCAUGAACUACAGGCUCGGUGCCCUUGGAUUCCUGAGCACGGAAGACGACGUCAUCAGGGGCAACUACGGCUUCAAGGACCAGAACCUGGCCCUGCGCUGGGUGCGGGGCAACAUCGCCGCCUUCGGGGGAGACGCCGGCAGGGUGACGCUGUUCGGGGAGAGCGCGGGCAGCGUCUCCACCUCCUACCACCUGCUGUCGCCGCUCUCUGCAGGUCACUCUGCUCUCCGUCUUGUCGUCUUUCCAAACUGCAGCAACUGUCUUGGGAAACAGCACUGA